AUGAUCUUUCAAGAUCUUAUUAAAAAUUAUGGUCGAGCUAUUACUUCCCCAAGAUGUGCUAUAAAGAUUGAUUUGAGCAAGGCUUAUGAUACGGUAGAUUGGCAAUUCCUUGAGGAUCUCUUAAAAGCUCUCUAUUUUCCUAUGAAGUUUAUAGGAUGGAUUAUGAUGUGUUUAAGGAAUACUUCUUAUUCUUUACUCAUGAAUGGUCGUGUUCAAGGAAAAUUUAAGGGUAAGAAGGGGCUGCGUCAGGGAGAUCCAAUGUCUCCUCUUUUAUUUGUUCUUAUCAUGGAAUACUUGACUCGGAGGCUUCAACUAGUGGCUCUUGAUCCCUCUUUCAGAUUUCAUCCAAUGUGCAAGAGUUUAAAGCUUGUCAAUCUUUGUUUUGCUGAUGACUUGAUCAUCUUUUGUAAGGGUACUCAGUCGGCUGUUUUUUCCCUUAAGAUUGCGCUUGAUGAAUUCAGUUUGGCUACCAGUUUGACCAUUAAUUCAGCUAAGUCUCAAAUCUUUUUUGGAGGAGUUUCUUCUACUGUUCGGAAUGUCAUCUCUUAG